GUGGACGCGGCGCCCGGCAACGCGAGGCGCAUCUACACGGGCGUCGACAUCAGCGCGGACGUGGACACGGUCUGGGACCUGCUGACGGACUACGAGGGCCUCGCCGACGUCGUGCCGAACCUCGUCGCCAACGAGGUCAUCGCCAAGCCGCCGGGCGGCGGCGGCGCGCGGCUCCGCCAGGUCGGGUCCGCGCAGGUCCUGCCCGGCGUCAACUUCAAGGCGUCCAUGGUGCUGGACGUCGCCGAGGUGCGCGGCGGCCUCGCCGCGGGCCAGAUCCGGCGCGGCGAGCUCGACCGCCCCGGCGACUUCACGCUCUACCAGGGCCUCUGGCGCGCGCAGCCCCUGCCGGACUGCGGGCCCGAGGACCAGACGCGGCUGACCUUCGCCGUCGAGAUCCAACCGCGGCCCUGGCUCCCCGUGGCCCUCGUCGAGAACCGCAUCGCCGGGGACCUCGUCAAGAACCUCGAGGCCGUC